CUGGAGGAAUUGCAACACCCCUUGUUUAUGGCCAACUUCUAGCUUUAUACCUGUUGCAUAAUGACAUGAAUAAUGCACGGUAUCUUUGGAAAAGAAUCCCUCCUGCUAUCAAAUCUGCAAAUGCUGAACUUGGUGCAGUCUGGUCAGUAGGACAAAGAAUCUGGCAGAGAGACUUCCCAGGAAUCUACACAACAAUCAGUGCGCAUCAGUGGUCUGAGACUGUUCAACCAAUCAUGGAAGCACUUAGAGAUGCAACUAGGAGACGAGCCUUUGGACUGGUUUCUCAGGCAUAUACCUCAAUAGUUGCAGAUGAUUUUGCAGCCUUUGUGGGGCUUCCUGUAGAAGAAGCUGUGAAAGGUGUAUUAGAACAGGGCUGGCAAGCAGACUUUUCAACUCGUAUGGUAAUGCCUAAAAAGCCAGGUGUGCUGGAAGCUUCCUUUAACAGAUUUAUUCCUUCAUCAGAACCUGCUCCGCUUCCACCAAUUCCAAAUGAACAGCAGUUGGCCAGAUUGACUGACUAUGUGGCUUUCCUUGAAAAUUGAUUACUCUGCUCCUGUAUUCAAAACAACUUGGGAAUCCUGUGUACUGACAGUUCUAGAAAUCUAAGAUUUAUUUUAUUUCGUAUCUGUUAAAUGUUGCAGCGUCCCCUACUCAAAUGUGUGAAGUGUAUGUUAUUCCAAUUCGUGUUUUGCCAAAGCCAACCUAGCAAUUGAAACAAUCCUUUGACUCCUGUAAUAUUUAUUCAGUAGGUACACAGCAGUAUUACAUAGUAAGUUUUUUUAUUGACUUGUAGCUGAGAGGGGCAGAACUUUUUUUCAGGUAUACUAGAAAUGGAGAAGAAAAAUUGAGUAAUGAAGCAGGUUAACUGUGUUGAGGAGUUUAUGCUAGUAGGUUAUGUGCUUCUAUGCUGAGUAUUGCAGUGCUUAUCACAGAUCAAUUGCAUGUUGAACUGAAGUACAAAGAGCAGAAGACUGCCCUACCCAUAUCUGCAGAGAAAAUAUUUUGGUGAAACAGUAAC